CCGCGACCGCCUUAUUCACUAGCGUCAGAUUGUCGUGACUACCAUGAGGGGCACAGAGAGUGCUUGUACCUUUAAGACACAGAGACCCUGGAAUGCGCCGAACAGCAACGUCCUGAAGGAAUCGAGACAGCGCAGGACUACACAACAUGGCUCGCGAUGAAGAUCCCGCUUCCGGCGACCAGAGCGACCUCCCGCCGUCUCGUCGUGAGCGACCUUGGCUACUUCCUUAUAACCGGAAGCUGAGGCAUCUCCAAGGCAUCACCAUUCGCAACCUCACACUCACUCCCGCUCCGGCGAGAUCCCACGGGAAAACCAUUGACGAUGAAGCCAUACCGAGCACAUUGAAAUCACCAACAAAGACCUUUGCCCUGCGGGAGAGCAUAGGUCUUGGCCACUCCCGGUCUUCAAGCGAUUUAAGAUCCACCGAAGAGACGGCAAGACGCAGCAUUGGUGACGUGGGCCAGCUGGUGUCUCCCAGGAAGGCGCCGAGGCCCGCGAUGACGAAAAGACUGCGGAGACGAAGCAACAUGGACUGGUCAGGCGCAAGUCCUCUUGCCAGGCAGAAGAAGCUGGAAGAUGUGACUGGAGGCCGCAUGGCGGACACUUUUUUCUCCCUACAUAUCGACGAUCAAGACCGUCCAGUGUAUAUUUCCGAAGUUGUCGAGAAGGCCAUGAACCCCAAUUUUCGUUUCUUUGACCUUGGAUCUUGGGGCCCGAACGUAACGCGGCUCGAGAAACUCACGGUCAAAGUCUGGGCAAAGAACGAGAAUAUAAAUGGGUGGCAAUAUCUCAUUGAGCUGACGGUACAAUUGAGGGCAUUGCAGUUCAUCGGAAAGGCGCUUGGGAAGUUUCGUCAUCCCUUACCGCCAAACUGCAUCCUCUUUCAUAUGACCGAUGGCAUCUAUACCAGCUUCACAGACCUGCCUGUUGGAGAGCGUAUUCGGGCAGAUAUUCUAGCUCCUCCGAAAGAACAGGCAGACGGCCGAGUACUCAGAACGUCUUCCUACGAUGCACUGAUGCGACUAUCAACCCUCGACGAUUGCAUCCAGGAUGCCCUAGCUACUCGCGACAGGCUCGCAGAGGAGAUAGAAGAAAUUCUAGAGAAGAACAGGGACGCCCUAUCAACUGUUGAGCAGGUCCCUGAGGCGGAGGAGAACCUUAAGAUAGUGCAAAUUGCCGUUACCACCGAGAAACGUCGCGUGGAUGCCGUAAGGCGGAGACGCGACCAAUUAAAAGCUAGUAUACAGUGCCGGAAGGAGAAAAUGCAGGAAGGCCGUGAGCUUGAAUCUCAUUUGGAAAGCGACAUGUUUCACCAAAAAGAGAAACAUGGACAGAUUAAAGAUUUAGUCCAAAAGACGGAAGAGGACAUUGCAGGCCAGCGGCGGCGGAUAUGUGAAGACUUACAAAAGAUCUUUCCUGUCGAACCGAUACCGGGAAAGUCUCUCACAUUCACCAUUCGCGGGCUUCCGCUACCAAAUUCGGAAUUCGAUGAUGUAAAGGAGGAUGUCACUGCAGCGGCAUUAGGGUAUGUUGCUCAAGUUGUGUCUCUGCUAUCACCUUACCUGUCUGUUGUUCUUCCUUACCCAGUAAAUCCGAAUGGUUCAGCAUCCACAAUCGACGACCCCCUCGCGAUGAGCACCAACGCCAACAACCCUAGAACCUACCCUCUCUUCAUGAAAGGUGUUGUUCGGUAUCGCUUUGAGUACGGCGUGUUCCUUCUAAAUAAAAAUAUUGAGAUACUGUCGAAUUCGCUCGAGUUGAGGCCGAUUGAUGUACGGCACACACUACCAAACCUAAAGUAUCUCCUGUUUGUAGCAACAGCAGGGAAAGGCGAACUUCCCUCUCGCAAAGCUGGCGGUAUAAGGGGUCUACUACGACAGGAUGGAGUGCUGUCUCGAAAAGGUAGCAUGGAUAGCACCGCAACAGCGAGUAGUGCAGGCGCACCAGAACCAAAGGAGACAUUAGACGGAGUGGCAAAUGGGGCUCGUAAACCCGAUGCCUCCAAGGCGAAUGGCAAAGCACUAUCUCCAAUCCAAUCGAUACAGAAACAGAAACCUGCUGUCGUACAAAGUAGCAGGCUCAGGGAGGUCCAGUAAAUCAAUUUUCUAUUGCAGAGAAUGAGCUGGGCUUCAUGACAUCUACCUGACAUAAGGUGGGAGGGCUGGAGGCUGUGUCAGUUACGUCACGACCAUGUCAAACGUCAACGUUGACGCAUGUCAGCGGGCUGAAGCUCUGGGCAAUCGUUGCUUGACAGCUGCGCUUGUAUUGUAAACCGCGGGCGCCAUUGCUAUCUUGCCAGAACUUGACCGCAACACACUCAGUUGGAGUCAAU